GUAAGCAAGAUGGCGGUGGUACCACAAAGUAUGUAUAAUGGUUCUGUACCAAAUUUACGUCUGGAUUCUCCAGAUAAAUGUUUUGAAGAUGAAAAAUCUGGCUUGCUUUUAGAAGAGCUGAAAAAUAUCCAAAGUAUGAUCCGAUUGACAAAAGGAAAUUUAGAAGCUUUAAAUGCCAGGUUUGCAGAGUACCAACAUCCACCAUCAAUGUAUAUAACUGAAUAUGAAGAUCUGACAAGUAAAUUAAAUGAAUUUCAAAUUCAAGAACAAAGGUUACUAGAAAAGAUAGGCAAUGACUGUGAUGGAAGGGAUUCACCAGAAUUUCUGGAUGAUGGUGAUGAAGCCAAAUUGUAUAGUGAUUCAUUCCUUACUGGAAUGCAACUUACCUCUAAUAAUAGUCAAACCAAUUUUACUGGUAGCACUGCUGCUGAUACAAGUCCUCGUAUUUCUCCAAGGUCGCCUUUAAAGUCUGUAGUCAGAGCUUUUUUACCCAAUCAACAACGUACAACAGUACAGGUAAGGCCAGGACAGACAGUGAGAGAUGCAUUGUAUAAAGCUAUGAGACGACGAAAACUCACAGCAGAUAUGUGUGUUGUUUAUAGGUGUAAUGGAAAGGAACAAGUAAAUUGGGAUGAUGACAUCAGCACCCUAGAAGGUGAAGAAAUCACUGUAGAAAUUCAUGAAAGAAUUCCUAUUACUACUAGCAUAUCUCAUAAUUUUGUGCGUAAAACCUUCUUUACCCUUGCAUUCUGUGAAUGCUGUCGUAAACUCCUUUUUCACGGAUUUCGUUGUCAAACUUGUGGGUACCGUUUCCACCAAAGAUGUGCUAAUGGUGUUCCUACUCUUUGUCAGCCUUUACGGGUAGAAAAUAAUUACUAUAGAUAUUUAUUAGCUGUGAACAGUGGUGGUUCACAGCAACCCCAUGAAUCCUCUACUCUUCCGAACCAGUAUUUUUAUCCUCAGGCACCUGUCCCAUCUCCACCUCAAGCAGUCCCCAGAGCCCAUCCUCCUCCUCUGGGUCAGAGGGAACGUUCUACCUCUGCUCCGAAUGUGUGCUAUAAUAUGGUUAACCAGACAGACUUGUCUUUAGAGGAAUUCUCCUCUAGGCUGAGAGCUCAAGCAUCACAAGGUGGAGCUACAUUGGGGUAUUGCCAAAGUGCUGCAACUGUUGCUAAUUGCAGUCCAAGUUCUAGUCCUACCAGAACGCAAAGUGCUCAAGGGUCACCUACAAAUAGCCAUAAGCCUUGGAGACCUCGAGCACGGUCUGCUGAUGAGAGUACCAGAAAAAUUAGGGCUCCCAGAGAAUCAAUCGAAGAUUGGGAAAUACCUGCAAAUGAAAUUCAAACAGAACAUAGGAUUGGAGCAGGAUCCUUUGGAACUGUUCAUAAAGGGCAUUGGCAUGGCCCUGUUGCACUGAAGAAAUUAAAUGUUACUAAUCCCACUCCUGCUCAGCUUCAAGCUUUCAAAAAUGAAGUUGCUGUUUUAAGGAAAACUAGGCAUGUUAAUAUACUACUAUUUAUGGGAUAUGUUUCUCAACCACAACUGACUAUUGUAACACAGUGGUGUGAAGGAUCCACUUUAUACAAGCAUCUCCAUGUGCAUGAACAUAAAUUUGAAAUGUUAGAAUUGAUAGAUAUUGCUAGGCAAACUGCACAAGGCAUGGAUUAUCUCCAUGCAAAAAAUAUUAUACACAGAGAUCUAAAAUCGAAUAAUAUAUUUCUUCAUGAAGAUUUAACAACUGUAAAAAUAGGCGAUUUUGGACUUGCAACAGUGAAAACAAGGUGGAGUGGAUCUCAACAAUUUCAUCAACCUACUGGUUCUAUCUUAUGGAUGGCCCCAGAAGUUAUUCGCAUGAAAGACUUGAAUCCAUAUUCUUUCCAGUCUGAUGUUUAUGCUUUUGGUAUUGUCUUGUAUGAAUUGGUUGCUGGACAGCUUCCAUAUUCUCAUAUUAAUAAUAAAGAUCAGAUUCUUUUCAUGGUUGGUCAUGGGUAUCUUAUUCCUGACCUUAGGAAUACUCGAUCUGAUACACCUAAGGCUCUUAAUAGGCUAAUUGAAGAUUGCAUUAAAUUUAGUAGAGAUGAGCGACCUCUUUUUAGACAGAUAUUAGCUUCUUUGGAAUCAUUAGCCCGAUCCCUCCCCAAAAUCCAUCGCAGUGCUUCGGAACCAACAUUGAACCGCACCCAUCUUCAGUCUGAAGACUUCAUGUACAUAUGUGCAUCACCCAAAACUCCAAUAAACAGUCAGUUUGGAGCCUUUCCCUUCUAUUCUUCUGGAUAGAAAUAAUUGUUUGUGAUAAUUCUCAAGUCCGUGUCAAGUGAUGGCGGAGCAUUGAAUCCUCCUGAUUUCAAUCUUUCAAAACAAAAUCAUAUCUUGCCAAUGGCAAGUUAUGAUUUACUGACUAUAGCACUGUAACUGAAAUUAUAAGCCUUCCUUGCCUAAUUUAGAUUGCAAUAAUGAUUAUAUUGCAAUGAACUUUUCAACUCUUGUGGUUACUGUAGAAAUUAUCUGAUGGUACGCCAUGUUUAGUUAAUUGAAGCACUCUGAAAACUUCAUGUACAUAUGUGCAUCACCCAAAGACUUCAAUAAACAGUCAGUUUGAAGCCUUUCCAUUCUACUCUGCUGUGGAAGUUACGACUGACUUUUCUCAUAGAGUUAAUUGUUUGUGAUAAUUCUGAAGCCUGUGUCCAAUAAUUACAUUGGAAUGGUGGAGCAUUGUAUCCUCCUAAUUUCAGCCUUUUCAGCCUUUGAAAACAAAAUCAUCUCUUGCUAAUGGCAGGUUAUGAUUUUACUGACUUGUAGCAUUGUAAAUGAAAUUAUAAGCCUUCCUUGCCUGAUUUAGAUUGCAGUAAAGAUUAUAUUGCAAACUCUUGCGGUUAUAAUAGAAGUAUAUCUGCUGGCCGGCCAUGUUUAGUUAAUCGAAGCACUCCGCCCAAAACAUUGGUCACGGCUGUACGAAUGAACGUGUGUGAGUGGGCAAGUACCCACCCUGUGUAAAGAAUCAUCAGAUUUGUAUAGCAUUUUCUCAUCAUUCAAAACGGCAGCACAUUUUUUUCUCCUUCUGUAAAUAUAAAUGGACGAUUGGGACGCAUGCGCCUAAAGUUGUACAAAGGCCUGAAGAACUUUUCUUUUUUUAAUUUAUGUCUAAAUGUAUGAGAAAGGAAUUGUGUUAUUUAAUUUUCUGUGUAUUAUUUAAACUGUAAAUUUCAAACUAAAAUAACAGACUAUGAAUUAUGGACUGAUUUCCUGGGGUAUUUAUUUCACAUUUUUGUCUUUUUCUUUUUUCUUUCAUCUGCAGGCAGUCAUGGCAAAAUUUAGUGGCUUAAUCUCCAGAAUAAAACUUAACUCAGAUUAAGCAAAAAAGAUUAUGCCUGUUAGAAUUUUAUCAUGAAGCAUUGAGCAUUUGAAUUUAAAUGCUCUCAUGUUUAUUAAAGAAUAUGUCCUUUAAGUCAAGUAUCAGAGGAAGUUAUAUUAAAUCAGUUAGUUCACAGCAAAUGUCCAUUUGAUGUUGCUGCUGCAUAAACAUAUAUUGAAUGAACAAAAAAAAAAAAAAAAAAAAGAAAAGAAAGAAAGAAAAAGAAAAAAAGAAGAAGUCUGGUUACAAGCUUUAUUCUUGGUUCUGUACAUCAUUAAUCUUCUUAAAUAUAAACAGUUUUAAGCAAUUCCAGAGGUAAAAAAUCAACUGGUGUUUCAAAUGUAGAAUUUCUGGAGCUAUGCAGCACUCUCAGUGAUCGAGGAGUUUGAGAUUAAUUCCUAUGAUGCUAGACUUACAUGAUUCUCAGUACAAUAUGCAUUAAAAAAGAAGUGUUUGUAGUUAAUAACAUAGGCCCUUUUUGAAAAACCUUUGGAUUAUAUGCUAACAACAUAAGAUAUUGAUAUAUUGAAUUUCCAGUAUUUAAUAAUUCAGUACUAUACUAGUGAUCAGGCAAAUACAAAUUCUGGGAAUCUUGAUUUCUCUGUUAAUUAUAUUUUCUUUUUGUGCUUUUCAUAAAUUUCGACUACUUGUUGCACAAUUUUCUUUACUUAUCAAAUGCUCAUACUAUUGCAUUCAUAAUUUCAUCAUAUAGAUAGAUGCCUUGGUAAUUGGUUUCCUUCUGCAAUGUAUUACAACCCUGAAAUGUUCAUAUUCACUCACUGCAUUAAAUACCUAAACAUAAAUUUAUGUUCGAAUUAAUUGUAAGAGUGAGGAAUGCAAUGACUGUUUGGAAUGAUUAAUUAAAGAACUCUACAACCAAA